GAGGAUUCUAACAUGGAAGCUGGAGAGUAUACCCACUUUAAUAAUAAUCAAGAACUGUUUGUAAAAAUUAAAAAAAAAUAAAACCACUCGUUUUGGCUUUUACGGAAGUACCCCUAAAUUCGUCAAAAUCAAAGUUCGUCAAAUUACAAAGAAACGUAAGCAACGGGACGAAACGUUCAGAGCGGAUUCUAGAAGGAGCUGGCCUCAUUAAUGGUUUCAUCAUUAUCAUCAUCAACUCUUAUCUUGCAUUAUAAGAGCUCUGGAAGACUGCUGCUUUAUCUAUUCGGUUUUUCCUCGCUUUGUUCAGUCUUGGCAAAUGUACCAAAAAAGAAAAGACAGUAUUUUGUUCGGGUGUGGUUCUUAAGUCAAGCAAUUUCAGUAAAUCCAACAAGAAUGGCUAAGAGCGUAUUCAAGCAAGAGCAUGACUUGGAACAGAGAAGUGCUGAAGCUGCAAGAAUUAGGAAGAAAUACGUUGAUAGAAUUCCAGUGAUUGUAGAGAAGGCUGAGAGAAGUGAUAUCCCCUACGUCGACAAGAAAAAAUACCUUGUCCCUGCUGACCUGACAGUGGGCCAAUUUGUGUAUGUAAUUCGGAAGAGAAUUAAACUGAGUGCAGAAAAGACAAUCUUUAUAUUUGUGGACAAUGUCCUUCCACCAACAGGAACUAUAAUGUCCACCAUUUAUGAUCAAAAGAAGGAUGAAGAUGGAUUUCUUUAUGUUACUUACAGUGGGGAAAACACAUUUGGGUAGAAUAAGAUUGUGUAGCCUGAUUUUCUGUUUCACCGGUUUCCUAUCCAGAAUUUUCUGGCAUCACAAAACUGGCAUCCAGCCAAAUAGAUGUACUUGUUCUGUGUCUACCUGUACAGUUCUACUUUGUACAUAACAUAACAACAAACUGUUUAUUGAUGUUCCUGGGACGUAAGAUAUCACAAGGGUUCUUCAGCGCCCUUAGGCAAAAGUGAUUCUGAACUACAUAGAAACUGAACUGACUGCACGCAUCUUUGCUCC